AUGCGUGGGUUUGAGUGGCUGACGGAAGAGGAAAUGACAGGGAAGAACUGGUCACAGCAGGGUGAUGAGCGGCUACGGGAGCUGGAGGAGCUCAUGUCAGCAACAGGCCUUUGGUCGGAGAAGUUCAGCAUGGACUUGGGGGACAUGCUGGAGGUCAGCGACGACGAGGGCGAAGGCAAUGCGCCCGCAGGCUCUGGCGGGAAGAAGAAGCCCAACCCGUUCCCUUCGGUGGACGGGGAUGAGAGUCUCAAGGAGAUGCUCGCGCGCUACAAGAAAGCUUGCCUCAACCGGGAUGACUUCAUCAACCUGGAGAAGGUGGCAGGUGUGGUAAACAAUCUCUUCCGUGACCUCUGCGAAAUGGAGGUGAGCGAGCUGAAGAAGAACCCUGAGUAUAGCCCUCAGUCAGCCCCAGCAUCUUGGGAGCACUACAUGCUCUUCAGCUCCAUGCCCCACGAACAGUACAAAAAAGCGCACGAUGGAUAUGAACGCGGGAACAGUGUGGUUGAUGCUUUGUUGGGGCAUUUUGCUGAGCAAGCCUGCGAGUUGUACCACACGGGCGUCACAUUGCCCACUGUUGGCGUGAUGUACGGGGUCUUCAUCUCCCAUGAGUACAUUGCUCAGUAUUACGCGACUGCCUUGAGCUGCUUCCGCAAGGAUUUGGUGUACUUCAAUUUGUGGGACUCGUGA